AUGAGCUGCGUAAAAAUAUUGCAACCAUUGCUCUUCAUUUUUAAUCUCUUAUUCUGGUUGGGUGGUGUGAUUUGCUUGGCACUUGGAAUCUAUUUGUUGUUCAUCGCCGAUCCGAGUGCAUAUUUUGAUGCUCACUCGACGCAUCCCGGCUCAUGGCGAACGGUUGGAUGGCUGUUGAUUGCGGCUGGGUUGCCGAUUGCAUUGAUUGGCUGUUGUGGAUGUUGGGGAGCGUAUCGGCUCAAUCAACCGGCACUCCUUUGUUUCUUCCUUUUACUGAUCAUCGUUUUCUCAUUGGAGCUCGUCGCCGCUUAUGUCGCCUAUCACAAACAGGCUAAUGCACGGAGAUUCGUCGAGGCAAGCAUGUAUGACACUGUCAGGAAUCGCUAUGGAAGCGAUGACAACUAUAAAGACGCUUUCGACAAGAUUCAAACAUCGUUCGAAUGUUGUGGAGUGAAAUCGUACAGUGAUUGGCUGGGCGCUGCUUGGGAUGGAAAAAAAGCUGGUGAUGAUAAAUCACAAGAAGAUCUAAAGCCAGAACAUGGGAUUGGAGCACUCGGUGGACGGGGAAAUGGUUUUGGACGUGUGCCAACAUCUUGCUGUAACGAGCACGGAUUGACGACUUAUCCCUCAAAUUGUGGUGUCUCAUUCACUCACGCUCCACUCUCCACCUACGAGCAAUUCCUUCACCCAAAAGGCUGCUCUGAUGCGCUUUUCGACUUCGCUGACACCUGGCUGAAUAUCAUCAUUUUGGUGUGCGUUUCAGUGGGAAUUUUGCAACUAUUGGGCAUCGUUUUGUCGAUGUGUUUGUGCUGUUGUUUGAACGCGAAACAGAGCAAAGAGUACGAUUAU